CAACGGACUGUUCUAGCGGAUACGUUUGAAGUUACAUGUAGGUCAAAAUGGCAACACGAGUGCUAAUUUUUGGUUGCUUUGUGGCCUUCGCAUCAGCUACUGUAAAACUCCAAGAGAUAUUUUCCUGGAGGGUUUUGGACUGGAACUACCCUGAUUCCUAUUCACGACAAAAUGCCCUUGCCUCUGGAGCUUUGACUCCGGAAAAUGCUCUGCCAGUUGGUAUUGAAAGAUGGGGAAAUAAAUUAUUUGUCAGUGUUCCUAGAUGGCGAUCAGGUAUUCCAGCUACUUUGAAUUAUAUAAAAUUAGACGCACCUUACGAUCCAUCGCCAAAACUAAACCCCUAUCCGAGUUGGAAAGGCAACGAGCUGGGCAACUGUGAUACAGGCCUAAAUACAGUAUACAGAAUCAAAGCGGAUAGGUGCGGGCGUCUGUGGGUCUUAGAUACUGGCACUUAUGGUUAUGAUAACGCCACAAACCUCUGUCCGUACACUCUCAACGUAUAUGAUCUACACACCGACCAAAGAAUUCGAAGAUAUGUGUUACGCCCCGAAGACAUAGUCUCCACAACUUUCAUUGCCAAUAUCGCCGUGGACAUUGGAUCCAGCUGUGAAGACACAUUUGCUUACUUUUCUGAUGAGCUAGGUUACGGUUUAAUCGUGUACUCUUGGGAAAAGAACAAUUCUUGGAGAUUCAGUCAUAGUUAUUUCAUGCCUGAUCCUCUCACAGGAGAUUUCAACAUAGCUGGUCUUAAUUUCCAGUGGGGAGCCGAGGGCAUAUUUGGAAUUGCACCAUCACCAAUCAAAAGUGACGGAUAUAGGACUCUUUACUUUACUCCCCUGUCAAGCCACACAGAAUUUUCUGUAUCCACUAGUAUUUUGCGAAAUGAAAGCAAGGUUGAAGAUGGUUCAUUUAAUGAUUUCAAAGUAGUAGGUGUACGAGGACCGGACGCACAUACAACAGCCAAAGUGAUAGACGAUUUAGGAAUUCAACUUUUCAAUUUAAUCGACCAAAAUGCCAUCGGCUGCUGGUAUUGGGGUCGGCCAUUUAAACCACAAAACAUUGCCGUAGUAGAUAAAGAUGACGUCGGUUUAAUAUUCCCAUCGGACAUAAAAAUCGAUGAUAAUCGCAAUGUUUGGGUGAUAUCAGACCGUAUGCCUGUGUUCUUAGAAGCCGAAUUGGAUUACAGUGAUAUAAACUUCAGGAUUUACUCAGCUCCUCUUGAUAGUCUAGUAAAAGAAACUGUAUGUGAACCCCCAGCUCGUGUACAACUGAAUCCGCAUACUCAUAUACAGCCACAGUCUGCCAUCUACAAUACAAACCCAGGAUUGACAUGGCAUAUCUCUAAUAUACAAAAUAAACCAAGAAUUCCUCAAUCUCAACGGGGAUUUCUCAGGAAUCCGUUAGAUGACAAUAUAAUAGCAACAACACCGAGCUAUAUUGAUUUAUACUACCCUAAACAAACACCACAGUCUAUUGGUUACAAUUUACGAUCUUCUACAGAGUCUAAUAAAGGGCCAUGGUGGUCAAGACCUACUUAUGACGUUUACGAAGAUUCCUAUAGAAAUUGAUUCAUCAUAUCUGAAUGUAUUUUAUAUUUCUGAUCCUCGCAGUUAUCCAUAAUUAAUAGAGAUAGAAUAUCGAACGACGAAUUAAUACUUGAAUUAGUUGUGUGUAAUAUUUUAGUCUAUAAUUUUAAAUGCCUAUAGACACGAUACCACAGACUAUUUCA